AUCUUAGAAGUAUAACGUUAUAGUCCUUUAUCUAAACCUCCUUGGUAUAACGUUAACCGCAGAAAAUCCCAAACAGUGCAUCACAUUGUGAGGCAGUCUCUCACACAGCUGAUAUCUGACCUCCAACCCUUGACAUGAGGUCAUUGCCGACAAAAUGUCGGCCCAUCGGGAUGGUUCCAAUUUCGGUACAGACAACAAGCGUCCGUUGUGCAAGUUUGUGACCUAGCUGAGAGUCAUUUUUCACCGACAAGAUAGCUCAGGAAGAAGAACUAGUAAAUCAGAAGUAUACUUGAAAAGUUAACACCAUGGCGGUGAACCCGCCCGUCAAGUUGAAGUGGAUGGAGCACCUGAACACCUCCUGGGUGUCGGAGGACUGCGAGAGCAUCGCGACCCGGGAGGGGGUCAUCAUGCUGUACGACCGUCUCGUCACGAACAAGGAGGUCAUCGCCAUCCCCCAGCAGGCCUUGCACCUGAAGGGGCCGCAGCUGCCGGACUUCGAGAGGGAGACUCUUUGCCAGGAGGAGCAGGAGCACUUCCUACGGGCACUCCUGAACAGCCAGCUCACGCUCGCCCGGAGUGUGUGCUCCGACUCUCCGUUCUCCUCAUCCCUCCGGAAGAGGCUCGUCGUGCUGCAGCGGAUAUUCUACGCUGUGUCGAACAAGUACCACGACAAGGAGAAGGUGAGACAACAGCAGCAGACACAGGAGACACAGGCGGGCGUCAACAGUGAGAAGUCCGGCGGGGAGAAGACGCGCACGGGAAACGAUGCCCUGAUCGAGAUGGGCGUGCGGACGGGUCUCAGCCUGCUGUUUGCGCUCCUGCGGCAAAGCUGGCUCCAGUCUCCGCCAGGGGGAAACCUCUCUCUCUGCAACGACGUGAUACAAACCGCCAUGGACGUUGUGAGCUCCCUGCCGCCCCUGUCACUGGCUAAUGAGACCAAGAUGCCCCCCAUGGGACUGGACUGUCUGAAGCAGGUGACGGAGUUCCUGAAGAGUGUUACCAUGCCGACCUCGGGUGCGGACAGUCUGGGAAAGAGGCUGGCUGCAGAGCUGCUCCUGGGGCUGGCGUCACAGAGGGGCUCGCUGCGCUACCUACUUGAUUGGAUAGAGAUGGCACUGGCCGCAUCAGCAGCGCUGGGAGCACAGGUGGAGAGAGAAGAGGACAGACUGGGACAGAUUUCUCACGACUUCUUCCAACAGAUUCUGCAAGUGAUGGAGAACUCUGUGGGUGGCUCUGGGAACGACAAGAGAGAUCAUCAGAUCACCGACACAAACAAGACUUCAGAUGGGAUGUUUCCCCUAUACCUGGCUGGGAUGGUUCUCAUGGAAGAGGUGGCCUGGCUGGCAUCAGACUACGCGCGGUCCUGCGUCUGCCCCUCGCCGGUGCCCAUCGACGACUCGAGCACGGGUGAGAACGGGAACAUGGUGACGGAGAACAGCGAGGUGUACGUGUGGGGCAGCAACAGCAGCCACCAGCUGGCCGAGGGCAGCCAGGAGAAGAUCCUACAGCCGAAACUGUCUCCUGCAUUUGCUAAUGCUCAGACAAUUGAGGCAGGACAGUACUGUACAUUUGUAGUCUAUAGUGAUGGAACUGUACGGGCAUGCGGAAAAGGCAGCUACGGCCGACUUGGCCUCGGGGACUCCAACAACCAGACAACUCUCAAGAAACUGAACUUUGACCACCGUUACGUCAUCCGGAAGAUCUCAUCCUCCAAGGGUUCUGACGGACACACACUAGCGCUGACGGCUGAUGGAGAAGUGUUCAGCUGGGGAGAUGGGGAUUACGGGAAGCUGGGACACGGAAACAGUUCCACACAGAAGUACCCCAAGCAGAUACAGGGGGCCCUACAGGGCAAGGUUGUAAAGAGCAUCUCCGCGGGCUAUCGCCACAGCGCGGCAGUGACCGAGGACGGUGAGCUGUUCACGUGGGGGGAGGGGGACUACGGCAGGCUGGGGCACGGAGACAGCAAUAGUAAGAACCUGCCCACGCUGGUGAAGGACAUCACCAAUGGUGGCCAGGUGGUCUGUGGGAGCUCGCACACCAUCGUCGUCUCGCAGGACGGCCGGACGGUCUGGUCGUUCGGAGGAGGGGACAAUGGGAAACUGGGCCAUGGAGACACCAACCGAGUUUACAAACCUAAGGUGAUCGAAGCCCUGGUGGGGCUGUACAUACGGAAGGUGUGCUGCGGAAGUCAGUCCUCACUCGCUCUCACCUCAACUGGACAGCUGUUUGCGUGGGGGUGUGGCGCCUGCCUGGGCUGUGGGUCACCUGAGUCCACCGCCCUCCGACCCAAGCUGGUGGAGGAGCUGGCCAACACCAGGAUAGUAGAUGUGGCCUGUGGGGACAGCCACUGUCUGGCCCUCACUCAUGACAAUGAAGUUUAUGCAUGGGGCAACAAUGCCAUGGGCCAGUGUGGACAGGGCCACUCCCAAAGCCCCAUCACUAAGCCGAAGAAAGUGGUUGGCCUGGACGGAGUCACCGUGCACCAGAUUUCUGCAGGCACCUCCCACAGUCUAGCAUGGACAGCCCUGCCCACAGAUAGGCAGGUGGUGGCGUGGCAUCGCCCAUUCUGUGUGGACCUACAGGAGAGCACCUUCACCCACCUGCGCAUGUUUCUGGAGCGCUACUGCGACGGCUUUGACAGCCCAAACCCACCGCCACCUUUCCCUACCUCCAAGCUGUUAGCUGUUAGUGAGACCCUGUCUGUGGGCGCACCUCUACUGCUGCCCCCUCUAAGGGAGAGAAUGGAGAUUCUCCACCAACUUGCUGUGAGUGAGACCCUGUCCGUGGGAGCUCCUCUGCUGUUGCCACCACUAAGGGAAAGAAUGGAGCUUCUCCACCAGCUGCUUCCUCAGGGUCCAGCCAGGUGGGAGUCUCUCUCAAGGGACAGGAUGCAGCUGGGCAUCAUCCUGACCAGUCUCCAGGACAACACGCAUGUCGCCUCCCUCCUGGGUUUCUCCGCCCCCCUGGACAUGGACACCCCCUCCCCCAGGGGGGUCACCCCCCCUGCCCCCGACACACACCUGGCAGAGAUGCUGAUGAAGACGCUCCUGAGAAACCUCGGCUUCCACACGGAGCAAGCCUUCGGGGAGCUUGAGAAGAACAGUGACAAGGAGGUGGGGUCGGUGUCGGAUUACGAGGAUGGGACUCCGCCCGCCCACCUGCACGAGCUCCUGUCCUCCCUGCAGAAACAUCUGCUGGCGUACUGUCAUGUCAACGCCCUUGAUGAGAGUUCCCCCACGGUGUCGCUGCUGCACAAGCACCUGUCGCUCAUGCUGCCCCACGCUGGUGAGGUGCUGUCCCGCUCCGCACAGCUGCUGCAGGACAGCGCGGCACAAGGACAGUCCGCUGUCAGGGACAGGCUGGGAGAUGUGCUGUACAAGUCAGCCGCUGGCAGCAUGCUGUCCCAGAUGGUGCACUCGCUGUUGCUCCUGCCGGUCACCAUUGUCCGCCCCAUCCUGGCGCACCUGCUGGCGCUGCUGCCGUACCUGGAUAGCCUGAACCGCCUGUUACCGGCUGCAGCCGUGCUCGAGGACCAGGAGCUGGAGUGGCCCUUACAUGCCACCCCUGAGAGUAUCGACCCCUCCGCUGUUCCCAUGGCCCAACCCUCCAAGUCAUGGGUGUGGCUGGUGGAUCUGGAGAGGGCAGUAGGGCUGCUGGUUGGCAGGUGCCUGGGAGGAAUGCUGGUGGGGAUGCCCCCAUCCACAGAUGAGAAGGAGACCUGCGGAUGGAUCUCUUCUCCCCUCUUCUGCAGCGGGCUGGAGAUGAAUGCACAGGACAUUGUGAUGAUCCUGAGCGUUGUGUCGGAGUCGGUGGUGUCAGGGGGCACGGAGCACAACCUGGGGGACCUGAACCUGCCCUCCCCCCUGCUGCAGCUAGUGGACUCUUCCAGUCUCCUCUCAUCCACCCUGUGGAGCAACAUGCAGGACUUUGCCAGGAGCAAAGACUGGGACACCAGUGAGUUGACGGACGACCCUGUCCUGGACACGGUGUCACGACUGCUGCUGGCAUGUCUGCUGAAGCACUGCGGUCUGCUGCAGGUCGCUUCACAACCGCACAAGGGAUCGCCCGGCCGCGGGUUGGUGGAGGUGUACAGGUGUGUGUACAAGGUGCGGAGGAAGCUGCUGGCUAAGAAGCCCCUGUCCGUCCCCGCCUCCCCUAAGGACAUCGACCCUCCCGCUAAAGGUGUGGACAAGCCUCCUGAUGAGGAGGAGCUGGAGAUCGAUGAGAGGGAUGAGGAGGAGCAAAGGGAUAGAGAUGAGGAUGGUCUGGAGAAGUCCCAGGGUAAGGAUGAGGAGGUGAGACCGUUGCCAGAAGUUGAAACCCCAUACCCAUCCCUGUGCCAGGCCCUCAUCCAGCGCUGUGUGUUCCUCCUGCUUGCUGUCAGACCCUCCUGGCCGAGUGAGGAGGAACUCCUCUCACUCAGUCCAGCCAAAGGACUGAAGGCAGGCCUGAAAGAAGUCAGGCAAGCUGAGAAUCAACCCGAGGUCGGCCACUACGAGUCAUCUGGUAGCGAGGAUGAGACCACGAUGGCAUUAGCUGCCAGGAUACCUGAGGGUAUGCUGUCCUCGGGCUCCUCGGAGGAAGACGACCAGAGACAGGGGCACUCUCACGGCCCUGACCGAUCCCUCACUGCCGUCAGAGAGGCUCUGAGACGUCUCAAGUGGAGACAGCAUCGUGUGGGACUGACAGCCCCGGGUGAUGUGACCCACGGGUCCCAGUACAUGCGGCUGCUGCACCAGUUGAUGGACACAGUCGUGGCGUUCGCCUGCGACGAGCCGCUGGUGCAGGCAGCUCAGGAGACGGAGGAGGACCUGAGAUGGGGGACGGACCCCUGCAUGGUCGCCAUGGCAAUGUGCCAUCAACAAACAAGGGCGGAGAUGAGGCUGGAAUCCCUGAACCAGAUCCUGUCACUGCUGUCCUCCAGUGAGGAGAAGACCGACCAGCCGACGCCCGGGUCCCCGUACCCCUUCCAGACCCGCCCCUCCCCUGCCUUCAACUGCACCUCCCUGCUGGAUUCUGUUCAUCUGCAGUUUCUGGCAGGAUGCUUCGGGUUGGGCAUGCUGGGGCCUGUGAUGGUUGGAGGGCACAACACGUCGCAACUUCACCACUACUCCGAUGGCAUCAAGGCUGGCAGCAGCACGACUCAGCAGGAGAUCCAGGCUGCAGUCCACAAGAUCUACAAGUACCUGGUCAUGACUCUGUCCAGAUCUGACUCACAGCAGUCAACUUACAGCAACAAAGGUGCCCAGGAAAGACUCCUUCUGAGCACCAUUUUCGCUCUAAGUGUGAAGUACCAGCCUGUGCACUUGUCCCUAUCCAUGUCCUUCUUACAAACCUCUACGUCGCCAGUGUGCUUUUUUUCAUCCACCCUUGUUUGUUUUUGUCUCCACAGGUGCCCAGGAAAGACUCCUCCUGAGCACCAUCUUUGCCCUGAGUGUGCCCAGGAAAGACUUCUCCUGAGCACUAUCUUCGCCCUAAGUGUGAAGUACCAGCCAGUGGACGUGUCCCUUGCCGUGUCGAGCGGCCUGCUGCCCCUCCUGUCCAGACUGUGCGGCACCAGCCCCACCCUGUCCCACCCCCACCAGCUCAUCCUGGGUGGUACGUCCCAGUUGUCCCUGGUGCUGCAGGUGGCCAGCCUCAGGCUGCUGCAGAUUCUCGCAGUCACCACAGGGACGUACGCAGACAAGCUGAGCGGCAGUGUGGUGUCUGCCAUGGUGGACCUGCUGUGCAGCCAGAUGAGUGCCCUGCUGGAGGCUGCAGGAGGUCAGACUGUCACAGGGACGAAGGAGGAGGAGGACAAGCCGAAGCUGUCCACCCGUCAGAUGAAACUUGCGGAAACUGCGCUGGGCGACUUCCUGGUGUUCCUGAGACGUGUGGCGUCCUCUCGCUCAGUGCAGCUCAAGAUGGCCUCCCGACCUUGGACCAACCUUCUCCUGACGAUCGCAGGGUCGGGACAGGAGGAAGGCACUUCAGCCCUUCCGCUUGUGAGCAACCUGAGGACACGCCUGCUGGCCCUGCACCUGCUGGAGGCUGUGUUACCUGCCUGCAGCCCUGCUACGGACGGGCAGCACAUCAGACAGGUUUGUGACCAGCUGUUCAGCCUGCUGUCCACGUCCAUGUGGGAGACCCCGCUGGCCGCCUCCAGACAGGCGCUCAGGCUCAAGGAGGAGGAGAUCGACAAGAAGCUGCUCAAGCACCAGAACCCAGAUGCAGGAUCUCCUGAUGCAUGCUGGGAGGAGGAGAACAUGGCUGUACAGGAGGCGAACUUCGACCCCGAGCGCACGGUGUGCUGCACAGUGGAGAACGGGCACACUCUGGUGCACGGGGCCGGGGGCAGAGGGUACGGACUGGGAUCCACAGGCAUCUCAUCCGGCUGCUGGCAGUGGAAGUUCCUGAUUAUCAAAGAGAACAGAGGUAACGAGGGCACUUGCGUGGGAGUGUCGAAGUUCCCUGUCCAGGACUUCAGCCACCGCACCACGGCUGACAUGUGGCUGUACAGAGCCUACAGCGGAAACCUGUACCACAAUGGGGAGCAGUCCCUGGCCCUGCCCAGCUUCACCCAGGGGGACUACAUCACCGUAGUGCUGGACAUGGAGGCCAGGACUGUCUCGUUUGGCAAGAAUGGAGAGGAACCCAGGCUUGCAUUUGAGGAUGUGGACUCCACCGAGCUGUUCCCUGUCGUGAUGUUUUACAGCAGCAACCCGGGGGAAAAGGUGAAGAUCACAGACAUGCAGGUGAGAGGAGCUCCGCGUGACCUGCUGCCAGGUGACCCCACCUGUGCUCCAGCACCUGCCGUCACCUCCGAGGCAGCCGUGCAGCUGAUUCGUACACUACACAGGCAGGAAGGGUGGACUGCUCACAUCAACAGCUGCAUCAUGGACCGGCUGGGGAACAUCAAGAGGCUCUACGAGAUGACUCUCAUGCAGGAGACAGAGACGGGAACGUCCAAGACCGUCACCAAAACCGACAAAUCGAAACCAGCCGAGGAAGACACCACCGAUGAUGACAAAACAAAGGAGGAGGCUUUGAGUUCUGAUCAGAAGGAGGAGGAAGAAAAGGCAGAACCAGAGGAUGGAGAGGAAGGAAUAGCGGAAGAUACGGCAGGGAAAGAUGAGACUGAGAAAGAAGGAGAGUCCUCUAAAGCAGAAGAGGUGGAAAGAAGAUCGCCAACAAUCGAAGAUAUAAAAGGUUUACUAGAUGAGAACAUCCAGCCAGCAAACCCAGAGACAGCCAGACAAGCACCGGACAUGCACCUACUGGAGCGGCUGUGUCGGGAAGUCUGGCCAGCUUUGGUGGUGAUCGGGGGAGUGGACCAAGGCCUGCGGCUGGGGGGACGUUGCGUGCACAAGCAGUCGUCCCGGCAGGCCACCCUGCUGGGGAUGGUGAAGGAGGGCAGCGCCUCGGCUAAGGUGCAGUGGGACGACGCUGACGCCACUGUAAGUGACACCCCAGUGACCAACCUGGAGCCUGGUGACUCGGUGCUGUUUGAUGCCUACAAGCUGCAGGGCCUUACAGCAGACACGUUACAGGACCUUCUUCACCUCACAGGGGUUGGCACAGAUGACUCUCUGGUGGACAGGGUGUUCAACAGGACCAGACCAGUCAGGCAGAAGACUGCAGAGGAGCAGCAUCAGGACCAGCUGGAGAAGAGCCUGGAUGCAGACAUUGCCUCUGCUAUGCAGGAGGAAGGGUCUGAUGGCAAGGAAUCAGAACCUGCUGUCCAAACUACUGACUCACAGCCAGCUGUGGCUGAAAAGACAGACGUCGACGACAAAGAUAGUACAGAGUUUGCUGAAAGCAAGUCAGAAGUCUCUGAAAUGAAAAGUGAUACAGACUUUUCCGAAAGUAAAAGUGAAGAAGACAAUGCGAAGACGGAGGUUGCGGAAGAGGAGAGGUCCACGAUAAGAUCCAGGCCUUCCGUGUCUUCAGGAUGUCUCAGUCUGAGCCAAGCAGAACUGAUGGCACUACAACUGGCCUAUCUGCAGCUGGGAGCUCUCAAGGCACUGGGUGUCAUCAUGGGCUGUGGUAAGUAUGCAGAGAUGCUGCUUGUCCCCAAAGUCCCCGGAGGAAGCCAGCAGCCCAAACCUGCCGUACCGUCCCACGAGGAGCAUCUGAAAGAGACGAUGCGAGGAGUGAUGCGACUGAUGGUGAACCGUGCCGUGAUCGCCUCGCCCGUGAAACGUAACGUCACCAUGGCGGAACUCGAGCGUGCCCACUCCAUGCUGCUCAAGCUGGCUGUCAACGCGGCCGCAGAGGAGGGGUCGGACAUACGCACAAAAAUAGGCCGGAAACUGGUCAUGGCCUUUAGGAAGAACAGAGGCCAGUUCUCGAGCUAUGACACUCAAGAGGGGGAUCCGAACCAAGGGGGUACCCCCCUGGUCUGCCAGGGGGCAGAGGGGGGCGAGGGCCAAGAGCACCAGGCCAGUCGUGCGCCUCUGUGCAGUAUGGAGGAUAUAAUGAGUGAGGCCGAUGAUAGCCCGGAGGAGCUGCUGGAGGAGUUCCAGAACAGGAAGAGGCAGCAGGAAUCCUCCACCACUCCUGUAAACACCAAGGCCGUAACCACGGCAACGUCCACUUCCUCCGUGGGUACCAUGACGACCGGGUCAACAGCGCCGCUGGCCUCGCGUGAGGAGCGGCUGGAACUCCCGGGCGUGGCGGACGAGAGACCCAACAGCUCUGGGCCCUACCCAGCCUCGGGGCGCAGACCAAGCCUUGGCCGCAUAAUGCGAGGUCCCACCCCCCACAUGCGAGCGAGCGUACCACCCCCCCUGGUCAUCCCCCCUCGCCCACGACGCUCACAGACCCCGCCAUAUUUGUCUCCUAGGACGCGGUCACCUCCGACCUCGCCGACCUUUGGUGGCCCGCCGCCACCAAUGAGGUCGCAGCUACCACCACGCCCUCCCUCACGGAUGGAAGCCCCUGUAGCCCCGCCCCGCCCCCGAUCCCCGUCCCCCCCUCCCCCGCCCAUCGCCCCCCAGCUGCUGGAGAUGGGGUUCACCAUGAAGCACAUCCAGCGAGCCAUCGCGGCCACCGGUUCCCGUGGCGACGCGGACCCCCGGCGCGUGGCGGUCCUGGCCACCUGGAUGGUGGAGCACCCGUGUGAGGAGGAGGAGGAGGCUGCGCCUGGACCGGAGGGAGCAGAGGCUCAGGAGGGCAGAGGGACAGUCACUGAUGCUGCUAGAGAGGAUACUCCUCCAGAUAGGACAGACAGGAGCCCUGAGCCAGAGGAACGACAGGAGCUGCGCCAGGAGCCCCGCCCCGAGCCGCCCCAGAGAACACUGUCCGGCCGCAGGAGCAUGAUGGGAGAAAGGUCAAGGGGCAUGGCGGACAUCCGGAGCUUCAUGACCAUGACCAACCAAUCUGGUGAGGGGCACAGAGCGCGGCAUGCCCCAGUAGCUCCGUCCCGACCCCGCAUGGCAGACAUUCGCAGCUUCAUGUCGACUAUCCCCAGUCACUCCGUGUUCCUCGGGCGUAACGAGGGCCGCGAGGCUGACGACCAGGAGCCGGGGCGGGAGGGCAUCUACGACCGGCUGGCCCUGGACGAGGACAUGGACAUCGAUGAGGAGGUGAUGGAGGACAUGUUUGGCCGGGAGAUCACCUCGGAGAGGGAGAUGCUGGGGCUGUGGUUCCCAGAGUAUGCCCGCGAGGCAGAGCAGGGUGACGAGCCAGUCCUGUGCGAGCUGUGUGGGACCACCACCGCCCAGUUCAACCGGCACAUGCGCACGCACCACCGCGGCUGCGGGGGCAGCUGUGGCCGCCAGGGUUACCGUAGCAACGGUUCCUACGUGGACGGGUGGUUCGGCGGGACCUGUGGCACCGGCAGCCCGUACUACCUGCUGUGUGGGGAGUGCAGAGAAAGGUACCUUGCUGAAGGGGCACAGAGGGAUAUUGUGUAUGCCGAUGCCACCAGUCCAGACAGGUCCACCUCCAGUGUCAAACUAUCUCCUGACCUUGUUGGCAGAGUGGACGGAAGCUAUGAAGAUGAGAUGGAUUUCGGCGACCUGGAGGGGAACAGGUUUGCCGCCAUCGAGAGUUUCGAGGCCAUCAUGGGCUCCCUGGGUCUGAACGAUCGGCGGGUCGUCCCCGACCCAGUCCAGUUCACGGACAGCGAUCCGCUGGGGGCCAAGUCUACCGUGGCAUCAAUGGCAGAGGAGUCCAAUCUCUCAACAGAGCUCCCCAGAUCCAGCCAGAGUCUGGGACUGCCGGGACCUCGCCGUCUGACCUUGGGAGAGCAGGCGGCCAUGUUGCUUGACCCCCACGACCGGGCGGUUGCCCUGAGGAGGACGACAAGUGCUGCACAGAUCCUGCUGGCGCGCUCCAUGGUCAUGAAAGCCCUGUCUCUGCUGUCCGUCAGUGGAUCGGCCUGUAGUCUGGCAGCAGGACUGGAGGCUCUCGGUUUGGCCGACAUCCGCCUGCUUGUCCGCCUGAUGUGCCUGACAGCCGCUGGGAGGGCGGAGUUCGUCAUGGGAACGGACGAUGCUAGUGACCAUGGCAACGCGACGGCCACGCCCAGUGGAAUGACCACCAGUCUGACGUACCUGAGUGCUGCUAUUGGCUCUCUGGCUGCCAACAGCGCCGGCGCCUCCAGAAUGCUGGUACAACUGUGCACACAGGAACUGAUGUCUGCUGCCACCGGUGUUAACCUCUCCACCAUCGAGGACCCCCGAAAGAGGACCUCCCGGCGAGACCAGGACCCGUCCAGCUCCGACCACAAGGCCCUGUCCUCUCCCAGCUUCUCUGUGACCCAAUCCCUGGUGUCCCUGCUGGCAGGCACCAGGCAAGGCUCCUCCGGACAGCUAUUCUCCACCUCGGAUUCCUACGAUGAGAUGAAUGACAUGAUGAAAGACCUGAAAGAGCAAGACACCAGUAAGGCCCAGGACACAGCCUCCUCGUCCGGCCCCCCCAGCCCGAUGCACCCGCCCAGACUAGGCCCCCUGCACCUGGCCAACGCGCUCGCUGCCUGCUGCCUGUCCACACGGCUGUCCUCCCAACACCGGCAGUGGGCGGCACAGCAGCUACUGAGGAGCCUGGCAGCACAGAGCCAGGAGGGAAGGUGUGUGCCAGAGACUGCUGCGGACCUGGCCGGAGACCUGCCCAAAUGUGCCACCAACAAGCUGGAGGCGCACCAGAACAGGGUCGUGUCCUGUGUCUGGAAUGCAAGAAAGAGCCUUCUAGCCACGAGCGGUUGCGACGGGACUGUCCGCGUCUGGAACGUGUCGUCGCGCUCCCAGCACAUCCUACAGCAGACUUGCGUCUUCAACAAGUCUGAGGAGGACCCGAGCUCGGCCGACGACCUGAUGGGCAGUCAGCUGUCCCACGUGUGCUGGAACGCUAACGGCCGACUGCUGGCCGCUACCAUGGAGAACAUGGUCAACAUAUGGUCUGUGGCAGGCGGCCGCGGCCACCUUGACCUCCAGCCCUGCUGGGUCACGGCGAUCACGUGGCCGCAGAACAAGGGGCUCCUGGACGGGCGCGGCAUCUCGGGCACCGACAUGCUCCUGAUUGGUCGCCUGGACGGCUCUCUCGCGCUCGUGGAGGUCCUGGACAGCUCAACUUUCAACAGGGUGGAACUGGAACACUGCUACAGGAAAGAAGUGCCUGUGUGUGCCAUUGCCUGGUAUGACGAGCACGGCAAGUUCGCUAUCGGCUACUCCGACGGCAAGGUGCGGAUGUGUGUUAAGGACCCCUAUGAUCAGGACGCCAUCAAGACUAUCGAGGCACAUGAGACCUCCAUCUCAGGCCUGACCUGGGACCCUACAGGCCACCUGCUUGCGACGCUAGCUGAAGACGUGUGCCUGAAGCUGUGGGGGUGUAACUGCGACACGUGGACCCUAGUGUACAUCAUCCCGCACGCCUCACCUGUAGCUGCCAUGGACUGGUGCCCACUACUGGGGAAAGGGGACGAACCUCGCCUCAUGCUUGCCACUGGCUGUACUGACGGCAGUGUCCAUGUGUGGACGCUCCCCCAGCCCGGCUCUACCGUCUCCGUACCGUUUGCAUCUCCCCGCAGGACGGAACAGCAGGCUGAGACCCGGGAGAACAGGGCAGACACAGCCUCCACAUCUCACCAGGAGACGAUAGCAGACGAGGCCACACAGGGUCCAGUGGAAGAGGUUUUGGUGCUGAAGGGUCACCAGACGUCCAUCCAGCACCUGGCUUUCCACUCCCACGGCAUGGCGCUGGCCACGGGCUGCUCCAGGGGUGUGGUUAACCUGUGGUCACUCCAGGAUGGAGCAGUCACUCAGACCCUGAUGGGGCAGGGUACCACACAGGGCCUGGUGUGGGCAGGGGAGCAGGCUCUCGUGGCUGCCUUCAACAAGUCGAAGGAUGUGUCCCUGAUGUACUACAGCCCGGACUGGUUCAGCCACCACACGUCGCUGGCGGCCGCACGGAUGGCGCUCCGGUCCCAGGGCAUUGUGGGACUGCACCAGGCUCCCUGCAUGAAGGCACUGCUGGGGAGGCUACCCAGAAUCCUUCAGGAGCAGUACUCAUAUGAAAAGGCCCAUGUGGUGUGCGGAGACCAGCUGGUUCACAGCACCUUCCUACAGAACUUCGCUGCCAUGGCGAUCGGACUGCAGCUGGAGAAGGUACUCUGCACCUCUCCGUGUCCCCCCCACCUCCGGUCCAGUGUGGAGGAAGGAUGCAGGAAUGUUCCAGAGUGGACAUGGCUGGCGUCAUUUUCAUCAGCGCUGAAGUCAGCGGAAACGCUGAGCAAGAGGUGUGCAUUCCCAUCAUCCUUUGUGGUCCCCGACAUUGAAACCAUCAGUAAGGAUGAACCCAUGCAGCCAACGGAUAACAUAGCGUGGAAACUGAACAUGGAUGAAGAAAUCAUGGCCUGGGCAACACAAAAACCCGAGGAUUGGAUGCUGGGAGGACGAUGUGAGGCGUACAUGUGGGGAGGGGGGCGGCAUGGGCAGCUGGCAGAGACAGGGAGGAGUUUGCUCACUCCAACUGUCACUCCGUCCUUCUCACAGGCUCAACAGAUCAUCUGUGGGCAGAACUGCACGUUUGUGAUCCAGGCGAACGGCACCGUGCAGGCUUGCGGGGAGGGCAGCUACGGGCGGCUGGGACAGGGCAACUCCGACGACCUGCACCAGCUCACCAUCAUAUCAGCACUGCAAGGUUUCGUUGUGACCCAGCUGGUGACCUCUUGCGGUUCCGACGGCCACUCCAUGGCGCUGACGGAGAGCGGGGAGGUGUUCAGCUGGGGCGACGGGGACUACGGGAAGCUCGGACACGGGAACAGCGACCGGCAGCGCCGACCCAGGCAGAUCGAGGCUCUGCAGGGGGAGGAGAUCAUACAGAUGGCCUGUGGGUUCAAACAUUCCGCUGUGGUGUCGGCUGAUGGCAAACUGUUUACAUUCGGAAACGGUGACUACGGCAGGCUGGGGCUGGGGAACACCUCAAACAAGAAAAUUCCAGAGAGAGUCACUGCAUUGGAGGGCCAGAUGGUUGGACAGGUUGGGUGUGGGUUGAACCACACGCUGGCUGUGUCGGCAGACGGAAACACUGUGUGGUCCUUUGGAGAUGGAGACUACGGCAAGCUGGGUCUGGGGAACUCCACAGCCAAGUCAACACCACAGAGAGUGGACCCCCUGUGUGGGAUAGGAGUGAAGAAAGUCUGCUGUGGGACUCAGUUCUCUGUGGCACUCACCAAGGACGGCAGAGUCUUUACAUUUGGGCAAGAGCGGUUGAUUGGUCAGCCAGAGAGUCGGAGCAGGAACCACAACCGUCCUCAGCAGGUUCCUGCGCUGGAGGCGUUCUUCGUGGAGGACGUCGUCGUGGGAGCGGAACAUUCGCUGGCCUUGACCUCUACUGGCGAGGUGUGGGCGUGGGGCAGCAACGGGGACGGACAGCUGGGGAUAGGGGACACCAACGCACGCAGGGAGCCUUGCCUGGUCACAGCUCUGCAGGGCAAGAACGUCAGACAGAUUUCUGCAGGCAGGAAUCAUAGUGGAAGUUGGACCGCCCCUCCCCCGCCCAAGCGUGCCCCCGGUGUCCCGGCACCUCUACAGCUGGGCCAGCCCUCUUCCAUUCCCCCACAGUUCACCUCCCUGAAGGAGUGCAGCAUCAAUGCCAUCAAGGCCAGGCUGCGGCUACUGCACCACUUCUCCGACCUCAUCUACUCCUCCUGGAGACUCCUCAACCUCAGCCCACACCAGACGAUGCAAGUAAUUCCAUCAAGAAGACAGGAGCUGGAGACUGGGGUCAUCGACCUCCUGUUGCCCACGCCCAACUCCUCGGCGGAGGUCGGCUGCAACCGCGACCGUUUCGUCCUGAACCCGUCGGCGACCUCCCAGGAGCACCUGCACCAGUUCAAGUUCCUGGGAAUCCUGUUCGGCGUGGCCAUAAGAACCAAGAAGCCGCUUGACCUGCACCUGGCUCCCAUGGUAUGGAAGCAGCUGGCCGGCAUGCCACUAACCAUAGAUGACGUGGAGGAUGUGGAUGCUCUGUUCGUGCAGAGCCUUCGCAGCAUCCGGGACAUCGACAAGAGCGGCGUCACAUCAGAAACUUUCCACGAGGUGAUCCCGCUGGACUGUUUCGAGGGCCAGAGCGUUGAUGGUCGGUUCGUACCCAUCAUUCCCGGCGGCCGCAGCAUCCCGCUGACGUUCCACAACAGGAAGGAGUACGUGGAGAGGGCGCUACAGUACCGACUACACGAGAUCGACAGACAGGUGUCCGCUGUACGUGAGGGCAUGGCCUGGAUCGUCCCCGUGACCCUGCUGUCCCUGCAGACUGCCCGCCACCUGGAGUCCAUGGUCUGCGGCAUGCCGGACAUCUCCGUCGACAUUCUCAAGAAAGUCGUCAGGUACCGAGAGAUUGAUGAUAACCACCACCUGGUGCAGUGGUUCUGGCAAACGCUAGAGCAGUUCAGCAACGACGAGCGCAUCCUCUUCAUGCGCUUCGUGUCCGGCCGGUCCCGACUCCCCGCCAACAUCGCAGACAUCUCACAGCGCUUCCAGAUCAUGAAGGUGGACAGGACGGGUGACGGCCUGCCCACGGCGCAGACCUGCUUCUUCCAGCUGCGGCUGCCUCCCUACUCCAGCCAGGAGGUCAUGGCCGAGCGCCUGCGCUACGCCAUCAACAACUGCCGCUCCAUCGACAUGGACAACUACAUGCUGUCCAGGAACGCUGACGUGGGCGCCGGGUCGGACGACGAGUACUGACAUCUGUCAAUCACUCCUGAAGAACCAUCCCGACUAGGGGUGGGUACCGGUUCAGGUCCAGAGCUGAUUGUCCGGACCUGAAC